UAAAGCAUAACCUAAUGCUUUUAUUGUGCCAGGGGACAAUGAUUUAUUUUCAUGGAGAUUAUCUGAAAGUUGUCUCCCCAAUUUGCUGCUUCGAGUCUUUCCAGUAAUAUAAGGCACUUAUCAAAUUAGAAUUCUUAGGGAAUAGAAUGACAUAUACCAAUCUAUAUUUAGCAACAACAACCAAAAAGCAGCUGAAUCAGCUGACUGGAAGCCACUACCCUGAUGUUCAGUCUUGGUUUAGACAGCACAUAUUCAGUACUGAAGUGAAGGAGAACAGACAGUGCAGGAGAGACACUGAAUCUGGAGAUUUGCAAACAGCCAAGCUGUAUUUGAAACAAACACAUCCAGUAAUGGCUCCUUGGAUAAGACUGAGCUUAGCAAAGCCUCUCCCAACUAUCAGUGAAGCUUUUGAAGAUAUUCUAGAAGACAUAACAAGCAGCACAAAUGGUUUUGGAAAUGUUUACAUGGAUCCAGAUUCUUGUUCAGUUGAAGACCACUGUCAAUCAAACUUCCAACUAGCAAGAUCUGCUUUUCUGGGAUCUCUGGAGAGCAAGCAUCAAUUCCAAGACAAAAAGGGAUGUGGAAUGCUGCCCAACAGUCAAAAAAUCUUAAACCUGUCUGAGUCACCACAAAUGGUCUCUAGAUGCACUCUUCCUAAAGUGUUGUCAUUACAACAGAACAGUUUCAUUCAUGAUUAUAUCAAAACCUACUCCGCUUCGGGCAGGAACACAUUAGAAGACCCGUAUGAAGGAGCCCAGAAGACUUCUGGAUGGAAAUGUCCUGUUGGCAGUGAGAACAUGGGAACUGACUGCACACAGUCCAACUUUCACAACACCUAUGCAGUCACACCUCAAGAAAAAAUGAGCAAAAAACAACCUGUGGCUAGCUUACCAAGAUACCCUUCUCCAAGACCAUCGCAGAGAGAAAAUGGUUGCCAGGAACAAAAAUAUAGUUACAAUCAAGACAAGGUGACAGCUUUAGAAAGCAGCCCCAAUCCAAACCAUCUUCCUGUUAACGGUAAAUCAAUCUGGCUGCAUCCCACAGGAGAAGCACCACCGACUGCCAGGGAUUGGCGAUCUUCACAAAGAGGGCAGCAUAGUUUGAAGACAACUGGAUCUCCUGAAAAAGAGUGCCUGAAGUCUUCUACUCAUAAACAAUCUCUGAAGGGAGAGACAGAUAACAGAAAUAGCUGGGUGGAAUAUUUUCAUAUUGAUAAGAAAAUCACAGGUCGUGAUUGGAUUGCAGAAUACCAAAGUGCUUGGAAAGAAGCCAAGGGUAGAGCAUGCCUACUCCCUGCCAUAGAAGAGUCAUAGUUUUCUUUUUAUUUAACGGCAACAAAAUAUAUAUAUAAAAAUCUUUACUUCCCUAUUGUGAAGAGCAUCUCUAGCAUUCCUCCUGUUAAUGGCACAGAAAUGCUUUAUUAUGUGCAAAUGACCAGGAAGAUGUGUGGAUCUUCAGACAAUCAAGAGGAACAAGCGGCAGUGCACCACAGAAGACAUAAUGAGGGUUCUGUAGUACCUUAGGCAUUCAGAUGAUAAGCCAUAAUUGUUAAACAUGUUUCUAAUCUCUUGUAAUUUUGACUGUGGGAACAGUCAUGAGACAUUCCAAGCACAUCCAGCUUGAGCGUGCUGGAACUGAAGUCUAUUUGAAUUUAGUUAAAGAGCACUCCAAAACAUACAACAGGAAAAAAAACGUUUAAUAUAUUAAUAGUAGGAUAGGAUUUAUUCUGUUAGAUUUUUAUCAUAAUCAAAAAGAGAGCCUGGAAGAACCCAGAAGCAAAGAUCUACUACUUCAGAGGAGCACAAUGGCUCAGCAAAAGCUCAAAAUCAGGGCAGCAGCGUCCCUCCCAUCCUGUUGCUUCCUCCCCAGCAUCUAUAUUCAGAGUAACGAAAUCUCAAGACUCCAAAGAUCCGCUGAUCACAGUAUCUUCCCUGAGUUAUCUGCUUCCAUUUUAAUUCUAUUAAUUGGAAAGCCAUCAGUGUACCUUGCUUAUCAACACAUCCCAUAUGCUAUCUAUUGUAAGAGGAUUUUGUUUGCCUUGAUCUCUGGGUUCACCAGAACACUAUCAUGGAACAUUAGGCUCUACGCCCAUUCUUAUUAGCUUUUAUCAUCUUUUUACUGAACUUAAAUCUCUUUCCUCAGCUGCAAUUUCCUAAGAGAAAGUAAGCCCUCAUUUGUUUUCUAGGUAGCAACCAAACCACUUUUUAGCAGAGUCUUCUGCCUAUUAGGUCACAUUGCUUAAUCAAAUAACAAAAUAUUUUUUUUUGUUUGACUUUUAUCAUUGUUCUAUUUUCAUAAUGAUGAAAUUUUCACUGUUUUGGCUUUAUUGUGUGUGGUUUUUUUCAUUUGCUUUCCUUUUGAUUAUUCAGAAAUACACAAGUUGCUUGUGCUUAUCUAAGAAAUAACAGAGGGAUUUUAGCUCCUCUUAUAGGAAGUCUACUUAUAGGUGGUAGCUUCCUGGCUGAAACAAGUAUAUUAACAAUGUUAAAGGUCAUCAAUAGCUACUGAAAAAUACAGUGCCUUUCAAUUAGAACAUUCCAUUUUUGUCAUUUUUUAAUGAGUUUUUUUGUUACAUCAUUGCAUUGUGAUAGAUUUUUUUUUUAUGUCUCUUAUACAUUGUUCCUGAAUCUAGCGUGAAAUAUUUAGUAAAAUACUUCUACUAAAUGAAAAAGAUACUUGAUAUCAAACUGUGGUGUUCGUAAAUUAGCUGCCCAGAGAAGAAAGGAAGGAAGGAAGGAAGGAAGGAAGGAAGGAAGGAAGGAAGGAAGGAAGGAAGGAAGGAAGGAAGGAAGGAAGGGCUGAUUGGUGCAUAAGGCCUGACAACUCAACUCUGCUCUCAGCUGGCUUGCAAAAUUCUCGAAACUUUUGCAAUGGUCUCUUGCAAACUGGUAUAAUCCAGCUCCAGUACAUGGCUGUAGUAAACCAAAUACUUUUGCUCUAAUUCUUUUCUAAUUUGGUAGAGCUAAUUUUAUUUUUUCCUGACAUAAAUUGAAAUCCAACUGUCUAUAACUGACAAAUAUUUUUGGUUUGCUGCAUUAUUGCUGGUCAGAUGGUGGCGUGUCAUUUUUCCCCCAAAGCAAAUUGCACUGUUUUCUUGAAAUUCACAAUAAUAAAAAUCCCAAUAUUUAAUCAUUAGUGUACAUAUAUCAAGAGACUGCUUUACAUAUCAUUAUAUUAAAUAGCAGUUGUGUCUCAAUUCAGUUGUGAUAGUCUCCUACUUGCGACUGUGAUAUACCACUCUUUCUUGUUAUUGUAGGUAAAUGUAAUGUAGGCUGAGAAUUUGCAUGAAAUGUAUACAUACACAAUAAAUUGUGUAUCACUUUAAUUAAUUGCUGAAUAGUUUGUAGUGUAUUAUAGUGGUGAAGGAGAUGGAUUAAGAAUGGUGAAAUCCAGGUCUAAGUCCAUUCUUAGCCAUGGAAAUUUACUGAGGAGUCUCGCCUAAUUCUCCUCACAGAUUUUUCUUGUGGGGAAGAAAUGAAAGGAGUUCCAUUUCAAAGCCACUUUGAGCUCCUGGAGUAAAGGCAACAUACAUACAUAGCAAAUAAACAAUUAAAUAUAUCCACUAACUUUCUGAGGAUUGAAGUGGACAUAAGGGGAACCAUAUGCUUUUCAUGUUAUUCUAUAUAAAUCAGGAGUUUAUUUAUUUAUUUAUUCGUAUUUCUAUACCGCCCUAUCUCCCUAAGGACCCAGGGCGGUGUACAGCCAUAUAAAAAACACACAAAUGUACAGAAUAAAAACAUUCAACUAAAAAACUUAUUAUAAAGGCCAAAUAUUUAAAAUAAGAUAUAAAUAAUAAAACCCAAUUUAAAACCCAAGCUAAAAUUUAAUCAUUUAAAAAUUUAAAACCCUAGUCCAGUCCUGCGCAAAUGAAUAGAUGUGUCUUAAGCUCGCGGCGGAAGGUCCGAAGGUCAGGAAGUUGACGAAGUCCUGCAUGCUGUGUGCUAAAGUUAUUCCUUCAUGAACCCCCACAAAUUUGCAUUUUGAGUUUUAUUCAAGAUCCACUUGUCCUUACUAAGCCCUCUGUGUUGGUAGUCAGGAAAUAUCAGACUCAAACAGACAGUAGCACAAUUCUCUUUCAUGUUCACUCAACAACCCAUCUUCCUCAGCUACAUUAAUUGGGAGAAAAACCGUGAUACCCAUAGUAUCAGCUCACAGCAUAUCCUGUAGAGACAGUAGAGGCAUUGUUCCUGGUAUAUUACUUCAGAAAAACUUUGCAAAAGAAUUUGACCAUUCAGUAUGAAAGGUAUGGUGUGAGCUCUACCAGAUGGGGAAAUUAAUUCUUUCUGGAAAGUUUGAACUACAUGAAGGAGUGAUUAUCAAUGCAUAGAAUUUCUUUCUUCUGCCUCCAGCUAUUCAUCACAUCAGUUCAGGAAAGUUGGGGAACAUUCAACAAUGUGAGUUAGAGGAUUAACUUUUUGUUAACAAUUUCUUUUUUAAAAAGUCUUGUUUGGUUUUUAACUGAGAGCUGUAUGCAACGAAAUUUCAUUUUAAUGUAUGCCAAUUAGUGAACAUUCAAAGUGACAAUAAAAUCAUUCUAGGUCUAAGUUCUAAGUCUUAACUCCUUGGAAUAGAAAUAGAAGGCCAGUCAGAAAUAAAGGGAAAGGAUCAAAUUUUUCUCCUUCACAUUCUGGUUUGCUGUAACUCUAGAUUUAAAUUGCAUGAAAAGCAAGGAAAGUAGACAAAUUUACCAUCUUUUCAUCUUGGAGCUGGGCAAAUAUUUUGUUACAUUUUAAAAGCAUCUUAAUUCAAUUAAUAGCUUAUUUAUUGUACACAUUUGUGGUAAUUCAGAUGAUUGCAUGAGGAUGGGAAUAUUUGUUUUUACCCAACGCUCAUACACUAAAAAAUACAUGAAGGAAUAAAUGUUCAUUCAAGCUUUUGCUUUAAUCAAAAAUUAAAGGGAAACGCAAAGUCUGUUCCAACUCAUUAAAGUUUGAGAACCUAUAGUGAAUACCCAGCACUUAAGCUGCCGUCAUAUAUGUGCUUCAACUGCUGCAAGAGUCCCUAUGAAAGCCUACAUCUUCUCAUUUGCGGUGCUGUGAAUUGUCCAGUGAGGAUUUUAUCACAAACUGAAUGGAAGGGAAAAUGCGGAUCAAUGUUAUGUUUCAAAGCUUCAGCCUAGGGAAGAAAAAAAUGCCAUCGUAAUCAAUAUAAGAUACUUCCAAAUAAACUUGCCUAGAAUGACUGAGAACUAAGCUAUCAGAAAUCCAGAUAGAUUCUUUUAGGAGAAUGAUGUAAUUCUCAUGAUAAAGAUGUUUUGCAAACAACUUUGUUACGAAAAGGCAGCUAGAAUUUAUGGCGGCAGCAGAAGGAUCACCAACUCAAUCUAAUGAAAAGGUUUUUUUUUAAAAAAAGUGUGGUUUUAAAUGUUGGAAUAUUUUUCUGCUGGUGUCAACAUCAGAUGGAUAGAUGACCACCUUAAUGUCUUUUUUCCCCUGGACCUGUGAUGCACACUUAUUGUGAAAUAUAUUCUAUGGGGGCCAUUGGGCAGCAUUCAUAAAGAGUAGACUAUAAAUUUGACAUGAGAAGGAUAUUGGAGUAUUGCUAAUCCUAAUUGACCUUUAGCACCUUAGAAUGGCUUUGCAACAAAGCAGAACAUUCUGGUAUUCAAACGAACUAAGAUGCUAUUGACAGAGAAACUCUUCAGAAUGAUUUAUUGUUAAGUUCCUGUUAUUUCAAAAGGAUUUUUCUGCCCUGUAAAAGCCACUGAACAUCACAGCAUCUCAUAACAUCACAGCCUCUGAACCAUUAUAGCAUCUCAUGGAACUCAUCCUGACGUAUGAUGAAAAUCAAAGAACCGUUUUAGGCACACUUACCUACCACCUUCCACAGUUAAAUUAGUAUCAAAUAUCAAAAGUGGCUUGUUAUGUAAUAUGAAGGUUGGAUAUUUAAAAAAAAAAAAAAGAAAUACCCCAUUCUCCUUUGGAUACAUGGAAGAAGUUAGAGGAUCUCUGAUGUUUGACUUUAUUCUUUUUCCUGGAGGUUUUUUUCCAGUCUGAGAAUUCCCCAUAAGCUUUUUGCUGUGUAAUUGUACCUUGUAAUGCUGAAAAGAAUGGUUUAUAGAAUUGCUUGUAAAACAAGAAGCUCUUGUUUUAUCACACCUUCAAACAUUUUGGAACAGUUAUUGGCUAAUGAGUUUGUUAUGUAAGUCUAAGAACGAUACA